AAUCCAACAGGUGCUGCCGGUAGUGCCGUGGUCUGUACGUCGUGGUGUUGGUUGGUCUUUGAGUUCGGCAAAGAAACUGAAACUGGUUUUGAAACGCAAGACCAAAACAGAAAAGAAAAUAAAAUGCAUUUGUUUACAUUUGUGACAUUAGCAGCGGUGGCUUGGGCCAGCAAAAUAGAUGAGACUCAUCCCCAUUUGAAACCAGUUAAAUUCAACAAAGCCCAAACGGUGCGAAAUAUUAAUGAAUUGAAUCCGGAGUAUUGGUACGAAAAUGCCCAAACGUAUUUGGAGCAAAAAUUACAACAACAAAACAAGUUGAAUAUGAAUAAGGCCAAAAACGUCAUACUCUUCUUGGGCGAUGGCAUGUCGGUGCAUACCCUGACCGCAGUGCGUUCAUAUAUGGGUGAUGCCUCCAAGCAGUUGGCCUUCGAAAAAUUCCCCUAUGUUGGCCUCUCGAAGACGUUUUGUGUUGAUCGCCAAGUUCCCGAUUCGGCCUCAACAUCGACGGCCUAUUUGAGUGGUGUCAAGGGGAAUUAUGGUACCAUUGGGGUUAAUGGACAAGUGCUGAGAUUUGAUUGUGAACUGGGCCAGGAUAAGUCAUUGCAUACCGAAAGCAUUGCCAAGUGGGCACAGGAUUCGGGAAAACGUACUGGAUUGGUAACCACGGCCCGGGUAACCCAUGCCUCACCGGCCGGUGUUUAUGCCCACACCGCCAAUCGUGAAUGGGAGCAUGAUGGUAAAAUCAAGGAAAACUUAUGUGACCCCGUGGCCAAUGUGGAUAUUGCCCGGCAAUUGGUGGAAUGGGAAGUGGGUUCCAAAUUAAAUGUCAUCAUGGGUGGUGGACGUAGGAACUUCCUCAGCGAAUCUAUGGUAGAUGAAACUGGAGUGCCCGGUAAUCGCACAGAUGGCCGCAAUUUGAUUGAGGAAUGGCUAAAAUUGAAAAAGGCUGAGAAUCUGAAAGCCUCCUAUGUUUGGAACAAGCGGGAUAUGGAAAAGUUAGCCACUCAAGAUGUGGAUUACGUUUUGGGUUUAUUCUCGGCCUCCCAUUGUCCCUAUCACGGGGACUUGGAACGUGAGGGUCUCAAGGAUGACAUACCAUCGUUGAGUGAAAUGACCGAGGCGGCCAUAGGUUUAUUGCAGCAGUCCAAUGAGGGUUAUUUCCUCUUUGUGGAGGGAGCCAAAAUUGAUAUGGCCCAUCAUGAUACCAGGGCUAGGCGUAGCUUGGAAGAUACCGAAGAAUUUAACAGAGCUGUAGAGAAGGCAUUGGAAAUGACCUCCAGUGAGGAUACCUUAAUUGUGGUCACAUCGGAUCAUUCACACACCAUGACCAUUGGUGGUUAUCCGUCCCGCAAUGCCGACAUCUUGGGCCUCAACGAAGAUGUUGCCGAAGAUGGCCUGCCCUACACCAUAAUGUCCUAUGCCAAUGGUCCGGGUUAUGAAAAAACUUUCUCCGCCAAAAAGGGACGCAAAGAUCUGAGCGAUGUAGAUUUCACCAAUCCUAAACGUAAAUAUAUGGCCGCCGUGCCAUUAGAAUCCGAGACCCAUGGAGCCGAUGAUGUUGCCAUAUUUGCCAAGGGACCAAUGGCCCAUUAUUUCAGUGGCAACUAUUUGCAAACUCACAUCCCCAUGCUGAUGGCCAGGGCGGCACAAAUUGGUCCAUUUGCUAGAUGAGCAAGCCAAUGGAUGGAGGAUGGAGAGUGCGAGAGGAAAAUCAAUAGCAUUUAUGUGAUAUAGUUUUGUGUGUUUGUUUUUGUAUAGAAAUUAAUUUGUUGUAUAUAUUUAUCUAAUCCAAUAUAAAAAAGAAAUAUUUGCUGCAUUGUA